AGAUAUAUAGAUAGAUGGACAGAAAGAUAAGAAAGAUAUCCUCCCUCUUUUGCAGUCUUGUAUUAUUCCUCUCUUUUCCUUUUCCUUUUCCCGUUGCUUUAGGUCCCCCCUAUCUCCUCUGCAAUCCUCUUCCUGCACUCCAAUUAAGUGCCCACCUCCCUCUUCCCAUCACUUCUUUCAUCCCUCUGCCCUCCGUCCCUCAGCUCAUCAAUUUCUAACUCCUCUCUCUCUCUCUCUCUCUCUCUCAUUCUAUCAAUUUAUAUUGCUCUCUCUUUCAAAAGUUACAGGAGCUAGGAACCAAUGGAUGUGGACUUCACAAAUUCUCCUCCAGAGGCCCAAAUGGACCUGAUGGCCAUGCUGAUGGGGAUGGGGAAGCCGACCGAUUUGUCGAAACCUCCACAGCCGUCGGCCGAGUUUGGCAGUGGUCCCCCGCCACCUUUCUACAAUGCACCUAACUCCCACACCGCUCCACCCUCGUCAGUAGUCGUCGGCAUGCCGCCUUCAAUACCAACCACCCCCCCACACCGUCUUAUCCCUCCCACGCUCCGCGACACCUCCCACAGCGACAAGCGAGCCUCCGUGGAGGCCAUGAGGGAGAUGAUAUUCCGCAUCGCGGCGAUGCAGCCCAUCCACAUCGACCCUGAGUCCGUCAAGCCGCCCAAGCGGCGGAACGUCAGGAUAUCGAAGGAUCCGCAGAGCGUGGCGGCGAGGCACCGGAGGGAGAGGAUCAGCGAGAGGAUCCGAAUACUGCAGCGGCUGGUGCCCGGGGGAACCAAGAUGGACACCGCAUCCAUGCUGGAUGAGGCCAUCCACUACAUGAAGUUCCUCAAGGCUCAGGUGCAGUCGCUCGAGAGGGCGGCAGCCACCAGCCGGAACGCUGCACCUGUUGGCACUGCCGUGGGGUUCUCCCCAGUCGUCACGGAUUUCUCGAGUGGGUGCUACCCUUGCUUCGAGAAGAGGUAAGAGAAACCAGAUCAGGACCAGUUCUUAUGUUGAUCGACUUCAAAUGAGAUGGACUAAUUAAUAAACUGAUAUGUCUGUUAAUGAUGAGGAAGUGCAUGUGGAACAUGGAUGUGUGAAGGAUGGGGUGAUGAAGAGAGCUAUAUAUGUUGUUUGAACCAAGAUUUUGUCGCAUGCACCUCCUCUCUCUCUCUUUCUCUGCAUCCCGUCUUCUUGUUCAACCUAAUGCCUGUUACUCCCUCUCUUUUGUAAUUCUCCCUUAUAAUAAUAGUAACAAUCUCUCUGUA